AUGCGAGCAGUCGGUAGUCGUACUGAGGAUCAGGUCUUAGCGGCGACUAAGAUUACUCAGAGUAUAGCUACGGGCCUGUUGGAGGUGAUAGAAUCACUACGGGGAUCUCCCGACUCUGAUAAUUUCAAAGAGCCUGUACGAUGGAAGGAGCUAGGUCUUGACGAAUACCCUUUGAUGAUAAAGCGACCGAGGGAUCUUGGUACAGUGGAAGCACGACUGCUCUUAACUGUGAAGUCUAAGAAGUUGAAGAAACAUCCUCAGGCUGGGAGGGCUAAGGAAUGUGGGCGGUAUGGUAGCGUUUUGGAGUUUUUCAACGACAUUGAGCAAAUCUGGCAGAAUUGUCUGACGUGUGGAGCUGCGUUUAAUGAUGUUAGUAGUGAUAUCGCCCAUAGCGCAAUGCGCAUGCGUGCUACUAGUCGCACACGGAAAGAUACUUGGAUCCACAAGAUGGUCCCUGAGUUGGUGAAGGAUGGGUCGAGUCCGGCAACUGCGGCGACACCCUCCACAUCGUCCGAGAAAGAGUCCGAAACUUUGGGAAAUGGGAACAAGUCUAGCGGAGCGAAGCGAAAAAGCGGGGAAAAGAGCAAGGCUAAAAAGGAUGGCACUGAGGAUAAACGGAAGAGGAAAAGCAGAACGGCAUUGGAGAAAUCCAAGGCCGGAAAAGAUCAUAGCAAUCACCUCUUUAUAGAAGGGAAUAAUAAUGAUGGUGUUGGUGGUGGUGGUGGACGUAAUAAGAAACGGAAAAUGAAGGUGCUGACCGGUGCUGAAGGGACUGCGGCCGAUGGCGAGUUAACAGAGGCGGGCAAAGACGUCUUUGAUGUAUGCACCUACGAUCAGUUUAUCCUCUUCGCUGCAAUUUAG